AUGCCAACACUCUACCUAACCUCCUUCAACAUCCUCACUGCAACCCUGGGCGCCUUCAUACUGCUCUUCGGCCUCGUCUCCUACCUCCUCAAGGAACGCUUCUACCUCUCCGAGGCCCUCAUCUCUUUGUUGUUCGGCGUCGCCAUGUCCCCGCACGGCACGGGCUGGUUCAACCCCCUCAAAUACUGCUUGGACUCCGAGGAGAACCUUGACGCUGUCAAUUUGUACUACACCCGAUUGGUGCUGGGCGUGCAACUGGUCAUCGCUGGCGUGCAGCUGCCCAGCCGGUACCUCCGCACCGAAUGGCGCAGCCUAGCCCUCCUGCUGGGCCCGGGGAUGAUAGGGAUGUGGGUAUGCGCUUCCCUUGUGGUGUGGGCGUGUGUGCCGCACUUGAUGUUCGUGGAAGCCCUGACGGUGGGUGCGUGCGUCACCCCCACUGAUCCGGUGUUGAGUGCGGGGAUCGUGAAGGGCAGGUGGGCGGAGAAGCAUGUGCCGCGCAAGCUGCAGAGGAUUAUUGUGGCCGAGAGCGGCGCGAAUGAUGGGUUGGGGUAUCCGUUUUUGUUUCUGGGGUUGUAUUUGUUGCGGUAUGUGGUUUAUGGUUCGGGGGGAAGGGGUGGGAGGGCUGCGGAGCAGUGGUUUGUGGAGACGUGGGUGUAUACAAUUAUCUUGAGCGUGGUGUAUGGGGUUGUGGCGGGGUGGUUGGCGAAGGUGAUGCUGAAGUGGGCGGAGGAUAGGAAUUGGGUUGAUCGGGAGAGUUUUCUGGUGUUUGUGAUUGCGCUGGCGUUGUUUAUCACGGGCACGUGUGGGAUGAUUGGGAGUGAUGAUGUGUUGGCUUGCUUUAUCGCGGGAAAUGCGUUUACCUGGGAUGAUUGGUUCAGGAAGGAGACGGAGGAUGAUAGUCUGCAGCCGACGAUCGAUAUGCUGCUGAAUCUCUCGGUGUUUGCGUGGUUUGGGGCGGUGGCGCCGUGGGUGGAUUUUCGGGUCAAUGAUGUGAUUCCGUUGUGGCGGUUGGUGUUAUUGGGCAUUGGAAUACUGGUGUUGAGGCGGAUUCCGAUUGUGUUGGCUAUGCAUAAGUGGAUUCAUCAGAUUGAGCAUUGGAAGCAUGCUGGGUUCGUGGGAUUCUUUGGUCCGAUCGGGGUCAGUGCGAUUUUCUACCUAUACAUCAGCAUUGAUUACCUGCGUACGGAGUUCACGGAGGAUGAUGCAAUGAGGGAGGAGGCAGCGCGAUUGGAAGAGAUCAUGAGGGUGGUGAUAUGGUUCCUGGCGAUUUGCAGCAUUGUCGUUCACGGCAUGAGUAUCCCACUGGGUAAGGCUGGCUGGCAUCUGCCUCGGACGUUGUCCAUGACGAUGUCUACGAGCGAUGAUGGGAGUCGAGCUCCGAUCAGUGGAAGGCUGACACAGGCUCUCGACCGAGUUAGGAGGAAGGAUCCUGAGCAGAAGCCCAAGAAUGAGGUAUUCCGGAUCGGCAAGCCGACGCCUUUGCAGGACAGAGAUGUCGAGGUGGGCAGAGAGCAGCCAGAUGAGCCUCUGACGAGCCCGUCCGGCCCAUCAUCUUUCCAGAGUCAGGCUACAAUACUCCGGUGA